GACAUAAUCGACACAGUUUUCUUUAUCAGGCUGCUCUACUGUUGACAACACCGGGGAGACGAUUUCAGUCGGUCGACUCGUUGUCAUGGAGCGAUGCUUUAGUGUCGGCAGGGAUGGUUCUGCUCCUUGCUCCCCACCUCCUCCAGCAUCACCUCCUCCUCCUCCUCCUGACGCCCUCCUUUCUCCUCGCCACACCCCUCCCAUUCCUCCCUCCUCUCCCACGUCAGCCCUGACUCCUCCUCCUCCUCGACCAGAAAGGCUGAGCUUUGUAGGAGCCAUGGUGGACGUCAGUAACUGGCCCUUGUUCUCUCUGUUGAGCACUGAGGAACUAGCCACAGUUCGACAGGCCUGUGUCUUCGGAACCUCUGCUAAUGAAGCCAUCUACAUCACACAUGCCAAUGAGGUAUUUGUGUUUGGGUUGAACAGCAGUAGCUGCCUUGGUACAGGAGACAGUCUGAGCACCAUCGUGCCAAAGAAGCUGGACUUCCUGCGAGGGAAGAAGGUAGUCAGCCUGAGCUAUGGAAGCGGGCCUCAUGUCCUAUUGGCUACAGAGGAUGGACAGCUGUUCGCUUGGGGGCACAAUGGCUACAGUCAGCUGGGGAAUGGGAAUACCAACCAAGCACUGUCCCCGUUGCUGGUCACCGCCAACCCACAGAACAAGAAAGUGAGAGAAGUGGCGUGCGGCUCGCAUCACUCCAUGGCCCUCACUCAGGAUGGAGAGGUUUUUGCAUGGGGUUAUAAUAACUGUGGCCAGAUUGGCUCGGGCUCCACAGCCAACCAGCCUUACCCCAGGAAAGUCACAGGCUGCCUGCAGGGCAAGAUUGCGAUUGGCAUCACAUGUGGACAGACCUCCUCCAUGGCUCUGAUUGACAACGGAGAGGUUUAUGGCUGGGGCUACAAUGGUAAUGGACAGCUGGGUAUUGGGAACAAUGGAAACCAGCUGACGCCUUGCCGCCUCUCUGCACUCCAGGGUCUGUGUAUGCAACAGAUUGUAUCAGGCUACAGCCACUGCCUGGCACUGACGGAUGAAGGCCUGCUGUACGCCUGGGGGGCAAAUACCUACGGUCAACUGGGAACUGGCAACAAGAGCAACCACCUCAGCCCCGUACAAAUCAUGGCCGACAAGGAGAGGAUUGUGGAGGUUGCAGCGUGCCAUUCAACUCACACUUCAGCAGCCAAGACCCAAAGCGGGCAGGUGUAUAUGUGGGGUCAUUGUCGCGGUCAGUCCAUCGUCAUGCCACACCUCACGCACUUCAUCAACACAGACGACGUCUUCGCCUGCUUCGGCACGCCCUCCGUCAUGUGGAGGCUCAUGUCUUUGGAUCAUGAUGACUUCCUGACUGUUGCCGAGGCUCUGAGGAAAGAGUUCGACAGUCCAGAAACGGCCGACCUUAAAUUCAGCGUCGACGGCAAGUGCAUUCACGUUCACAAAGCCGUGCUGAAGAUCAGGUGUGAGCACUUCCGGUCCAUGUUUCGCUCCCAGUGGACGGAGGAUCAGCAGGACGUGAUCGAGAUCGGACAGUUCUCUUACCCCGUCUACAGAUCCUUCCUGCAGUUUCUCUACACGGACACUGUUGACCUUCCACCGGAAGACGCCAUCGGCCUGUUGGACCUGGCCACCUCUUACUGUGAGAACCGGCUGAAACGUCUGUGUCAGCAGAUCAUCAAGAGAGGGAUCACCGUCGAGAACGCAUUCACGCUGCUGUCUGCCGCCAUACGAUACGACGCUGAGGACCUGGAAGUGUUUUGUUUCAGGUUUUGCGUAAACCAUCUGACUCAAGUGACUCAGACCGGAGCCUUCUGGCAAGUGGACGGCGCGAUGCUCAAGGAGUUUAUCAGAAGAGCUAGCCGCUGUGGCGCCUUCAAGAACUGAGCGGCUCUCUUACGAUUUCUUAAACUAUAUUCCGACCAAGUGGAUGUGCUGGAUGUGCUGCAGCUGCUCCAAAAAACAUCUGUUCUGACCACAUUCCUACGGGCGCAGAGGCAGCAUCAUUCACAAAAUGGACUGGAGUUUAAGUUGCAUCAUCGACAGAUCCGAAGUCAGCACUUUGGAUAAUUCCUCGGUAAAGUCAUGGCGCCUUUUUCUGUCACACGGCAUCGUAUUCUGUACGUAUACUUGAAGUUUUGUUCCUUUUCUCGGCCAGUGCUUCCUUUUACUUCUGGAAAAGAUCAUACGAGAGACCAAAAACCUGGAAGGACUAGGAAACUUUGUCUUUGUUAGGCAUCUGAUGUUUAGUGAAUAAAUCUUUGAUAACUGACUUACACUGGCCAGGAGAACCACUGUACUGAAACACUUUGAGUUACAUCUGCUUUCAAUUUCUAUCAUCUUCAAUCUGCAGUCUUUGUUUUUAGGCAACGGUAGCUCUUGGAUGUGUUGAAGCUUUUUUUUAAAUUGAAUGCAACUCUUAAAGAAGCUGAGCCCCAGUUGAUCCAGAUGCUACUGUGGGUUGUUCUGGGUCACUCAUUCUGUGUAUUUUGGAUCGUUGGAUGUAUAAUAAUUUCCUUUUUAUACUCCUAUCUGUUUCAUUUUGUAUGUUCCCCCCGACUGAAAUGUUCUCUCUAUGGCACUUGUGUAAGAGGAAGCCUAGAAAACCCAGUUAAAGAAUGUUGCAUUAGAGAUAUUUGGGGCACUUUUACUUUACUAGCAGUUUUUUUUUUUUCUUCCUCACAUUCAUAAAAUGUAUUGACGGCAGAUGGUAUGUUGCAUAAUAUUCCUUUUUACGCUGAGUCCUUCAGUAAACAGAUCCAAGGUGACUGUUAUCUGUUUGCUGAUGUUAUUGAUGCAAGUGCAAGGAAACAAAAAAACAACACAGCAAACUCAGUAAGACCAAAAUGAUUCCUUAAUAAUUCCUCUGUAUUUAUGACGCUUGUUUUCUCUGCAGUUACAUUAUAUAUCAGAAGACUUUUUUUAAAUGCUCUGUAGACAGAAGUGAGAUGUUUUCUUUAUAUUCUGUUUGCUUGGGCUUGUGUUGACAUACUGCCUAGUUUUCUCUUUCUGUUACAUCACUAUAGGUGAUCAGUAGAAGAUCAGUUUCUGUUUCGUCUGUUCGGUUUUUAUUUUGUUGAUGCUUGAGAGAACCAUUAAAAUUUUAAAGUAAAUAUAAUCUCUCUUUUAUUCUGAAAGCACAGUUUAAUUCAGGUUAGAAAACGAUUACAGAUGCAUUGAGGUUAGGUUUCUGUGACCGUUGAUGCUUUAGUGAAAUGAGCAGGUUUACAGUCUUGUUUUGCUUACUGUAUUAAGAUAAAGAAUAUUUUUUUUAUUGAGCGUUAAGCAUUUAUUUACAUAGGACAAGCAUUACAAUCAGCAUGACAAUAUUGGGAUUUGUACAUAAGUGAAAUGUUUUUUUUAUAUAUUCAGAUAUGGAAUUACAUGUUUCUGUGAAGAAAUAAAUACCUCCAAACUUA